AUGACGACACCCGCGCCGCCCGAGGAUCAGGCUCGCCUCUUGGAGGAUGCCCUGGUCGCCGUUCGACAGCAGACGUCGCUCAUGCGAAAAUGUCUCGACACUCCUGGCAAACUGAUGGAUGCGCUUAAAUGCUGCUCGACUCUUGUCUCGGAAUUGCGAACCAGUAGUCUCGGCCCCAAGCAAUAUUACGAGCUCUACAUGGCCGUCUUUGAUGCCCUGCGCUAUCUCUCCGUCCACCUCCGCGAAAACCACCCCGUCAACCACCUCGCCGAUCUCUACGAGCUUGUCCAGUACGCCGGAAACAUCAUUCCACGCCUCUAUCUCAUGGUCACCGUUGGCACCGCCUACAUGGGCAUCGCGGAUGCGCCGGUCAAGGAGCUCAUGAAGGAUAUGAUGGACAUGAGCCGUGGCGUCCAGCACCCAAUUCGUGGCCUCUUCCUCCGAUACUAUCUGUCAGGGCAGGCUAGGGAUUACCUUCCCACCACUGAUAGCGACGGCCCGGAAGGCAACCUCGGCGACUCUAUAAACUUUAUCCUCACCAACUUUGUCGAGAUGAAUAAGCUCUGGGUUCGGCUGCAGCACCAGGGGCAUUCCAGAGAAAGAGAUCAGCGCAUUAGGGAGCGCAAAGAGCUACAGCUCCUUGUGGGCAGUAACAUUGUGCGCCUCAGUCAAUUGGUUGAUCUCGAGACUUACAAGUCAACUAUACUCGGACCGCUUCUGGAGCAGGUUGUCCAGUGUCGCGAUGUGCUGGCCCAAGAAUAUCUACUUGAGGUCAUCACUCAAGUUUUCCCCGACGAAUAUCACCUGCACACGCUCGAUAAGUUUCUUGGUGCCGUUUCCCGCCUCAAUCCUCACGUCAAUGUCAAGUCAAUUGUCAUUGGCCUCAUGGACAGACUGUCUGAGUUUGCCGAGCGCGAGACCUCGGCCGAGAAGUCGCCGGAGCAGGGAGAUCGCGAGGCCGAGACUCUGGCCAAGCUUCUGGCGAAUGCCAAGUUGGAGGGGACUAAGAGCACUGACGAGACUGAAAAUGAGGGCGAGACUGGGGGCGAAGUAUCCAAGGACAAAGAUGCAAAUGGCGAAACCGAAACCGAAACACUCAAGCCGGACUCGGCCGAAGAAACAACGACUCAAGCCGACGGCAGCGUACAGCUGUACGAGGUGUUCUUUGCCCAAGUCAAAAAUCUUGUCGAGGCGCAACACCUGCCCAUCCAAGAUACUAUUGCUUUACUCGUCUCAUUGCAAAAUUUGGCCCUCAACAACUACCCCGACCGUCUGGACUUCGUCGAUCAGAUCCUUGCCUACGCCGCCACCAAGACAAAGGAAAAUAUGAAUAAUGCCGACUUGCACUCUGCCCACGCACAGCAGAGUCUUCUGGCUCUUUUGCAAGCGCCACUGGACCGCUAUGUUUCAAUAUUCACUGCCCUAUCGCUUCCCACAUAUGUACCGCUCUUUCAGGCCCAGUCCUAUCCUACCCGUCGUGCCGUCGCCGGAAACAUUAUCCGCACCCUUCUUAAGAGCGAGACUAAGGUUGUGAAGACGGAGCAGCUGGAAAAUGUGCUAGAAAUCAUGGCUGUCCUCAUCAAAGAAGGCAAUCAGGCUGCGCAAGGCUAUCCCGCCACUCAACGCCGUCCUGUCGAGACGGAUGAGACGAUACAGGAGCAGGGUUGGCUGGCAAGAAUGGUCCAUCUGCUACACGCUGAGGAUAACGAUACACAGUUCAAGCUGCUUCAAAUGACGAGAAAGGCUUUUGCUGACGGUGGCGACCGCAUUCGCACAACGACACCACCGCUCAUCACAGCAAGCUUGCGACUCACGCGCAAAUUGAAAGCGCGGGAGGGUCUAGAUGACAAUUGGGAGACGCAAAGCAACGCUCUCUUUAAGUUUAUGCAUUCCGCGCUGAGCACUUUGUACUCGAGGGUCAACGGAUCUGGUGCAUCGGAAAUGGCACUGCGAUUAUUUUGUGCCGCGGGCCAGGCCGCCGACAUGACGGGUUUCGAGGAGGCCGCGUACGAAUUUUAUGCGCAGGCGUUCACAGUGUACGAGGAAGCCGUCUCUGAUUCCAAGGCACAGUUCCAGGCUGUGUGUGUUAUUGCGUCGUCGCUUCACCAGACUCGCAACUUUGGCAAGGAGAACUACGACACCCUCAUCACCAAGUGUGCCCAGCAUGGUAGCAAGCUGCUGCGCAAGCCGGACCAGUGCCGCGCCGUGUACCUGGCUAGCCAUUUGUGGUGGGCCAAUGCUAUCCCGGCCAACCGAGAAACGGAAGAGUCUGAUCUGUAUCGGGACGGCAAGCGAGUGCUUGAAUGUUUGCAGCGAGCUCUACGCGUAGCAGACUCGUGCAUGGAGACGGCGACGUCGAUUGAGCUGUUUGUCGAGAUUCUGGACCGCUACGUAUACUAUUUCGACCAGCAAAAUGAAUCGGUUACCACGAAAUAUCUCAACGGACUGAUUGAGCUUAUCCACUCGAACCUGAACGGAAACCAGCAAGAGUCUGCCUCUAUCGAGACGAGCAAAAAGCAUUUCCAUCAAACGCUGGAGAAUAUCAGAAGCAGGCAAUACGAGGGGGUGGUGUUGUAUCCGAGUUAG